AUGUACGUCAGCUACCUGCAGCUGGACAAGGAGCCCAGCAUGUACUCCCACCAGAACCCGGUGAGCCGCCACCCGGGCCUCAGCCUCAGCCCGCAGAGCUUCCCGGUACCAGCCCCCCCGCAGUACUCGGACUUCGCGGGCUACCACCAUCACCACCACCACCACGGCCUGGGCACCGACCCGCAGCAGGCCGGGCCGGGGGCCGGCGGCUGGAGCCCGGCCUACCCUCCGCCCCCUCCCCCGGCCCGGGAGGACUGGUCCUCUCAUCAUUACGCGGCCGCCGCUGCCGCCGCCGCAGCGGUGGGGGGCCCCCCCGCUGGCCCCGGGGUCACCGGGCCCUCGCUGGGCUUCGGCUCCCAGGAGUUCCCCGGACAGCCGCCCGCGCUGCUGCCCGCCGGCCUGAACCCGCCUGGGGGGCAGCUGUCCCCCGGAUCCCCGAGGAGGAGGAACCCCUACGACUGGAUCCGAACCUCCGCGCCGCCCAGCAACCCAAAUGGAAAGACUCGGACCAAAGACAAGUACCGGGUGGUCUACACCGACCACCAGCGGCUGGAGCUGGAGAAGGAGUUUCACUACAGCAAGUACAUCACUAUCCGGAGGAAGGCGGAGCUGGCCACGGCGCUCAGUCUCUCAGAGAGACAGGUGAAGAUCUGGUUCCAGAACCGACGAGCGAAGGAGAGAAAGAUCAACAAGAAGAAGCUCCAGCAACCCGCCUCCUCCACCACCACGCCCACACCUCCCACCGGCGGCGGAGGAAACGGAGGAGGAAGUGGACUCCAUGGGAGCAGCAGCAACGUUGCCAUGGUUACAAGUAGCAGCAAUGGGCUGGUUUCUCCAUCUUCUCUGACUCUAAACAUCAAGGAGGAGUACUGAGGAGACAAAGACGAAUUUUCACGGGGCGUUGAUGUGGGCGGCUUGGACUCAAGAGUUGACCCAACAAACUGAAACCCUUCAGCGCCUCAAUCUCUGCUCCUCUUUAUUAGGUCUGAUGCUUUAGCUCAAGAAAGGUUGGAAGUUGUGGAUGGGUAAAACCUCAACGAGGUGUCUGUCCAACAGUUCCAGACGGUCUCUGCUGGUCCUUCCUGAAGUCAUGAUGGGAGAAAAUCUGCCCAUUUGAUCCAAACAGCUGGAGGGUGAAGCACGCUGACGAUCCUAAGCUCAGUCCAUUACCUUUAACAAACGGUUCCGGACAUUUGGACCAAACUGCCCCAUGGAGCUUCAUGAAGGGCAGCUGAGUUCAGGUUAAACCCAGAGCUUAGUUCCUCUGUGGUCCACUUAGAUGAGUCAUACAGACAGAUCCUUCACAGAACAUGUACCCUCAAUC